AUGUCAUUGCUCAAGACCCUCAUCGCAACUGUCGCCCUUCUGGGGUAUGUCCAAGCUGCGGGCGUGUCAGGAACCCCCAUUGGCUUCGCCUCGGGCACCACUGGUGGCGGUAGCGCUGCUGCUGCUGUUCCGCGUGAUAUCGCUGAGCUGACCAAAUGGCUAAGCGAUAGCACUCCCCGUACGAUCCUUAUUGAUAAGGAGUUCGACUUCCGGAAGAGCGAGGGAGACUGCAAAGACUGCAAGUGCUGUAUUCCUUCGUCCAACACCUGUGGUAGCGCCGGCCAAAAUGCUAUUCAUGAGGAUGACUCCAGCUGGUGCAGUGACUACCCGGCUACCAAGUGUACCUAUGAUAAGGCCGCACUUGAGGGCCUUUCUGUUGCAUCUGACAAGUCUAUCGUUGGAGUUGGCAAGGCUGGCGUCAUCCGCGGCAAGGGAUUGCACCUACGAGGUGGCGUGAACAACGUUAUUAUUCAAAAUAUCCACAUCACCGACUUAAACCCUCACCUCAUCUGGGGUGGUGAUGCUAUUGCUCUGGAUGGCACCGACAAGGUCUGGAUUGACCACGUCAAGGUCUCUCUUGUUGGUCGCCAGAUGUUCGUGUCUCAUUAUGAUGCUAAUACCCAUCUCACUAUUUCGAACUCGGAAUUUGACGGUCAGACUAGCACGUCUUCUUCUUGCGAUGGUCGACACUACUGGACAAUCCUCGGAUAUGGCAAAGGCGACCAAGUGACAUUCACUGGAAACUACAUCCACCACACCUCCGGCCGCUCCCCCAAGCUCGAAUAUGACUCCUUCUGGCACGUUUACAACAACUACUGGCUAAGCAACACCGGCCACGCCUUUGAUGUCCGCGAAGGCAGCAAAGUCCUUAUCGAAGGCAAUGUCUUCGAGGAUGUCAAGACACCUCUCCAGGCGAGCAAGGAACCGGCCAAAGUCUUCUCCGCUAGUGACAAUGACGCCUCUUAUUGCAAGUCUAAGUUAGGCCGCGAAUGCUCCGCUAACUCACUCACUAAGUCUGGUACUCUCUCUGCCAUUGAUGAGUCUGUACUAGAAGCCUACCCGAACGGCGAGAAGAAUAUUUCCGUUCUUAAGGCUAGCAGCGUUAAAUCCUCAGUUCUUUCAAAUGCUGGUGUUGUGGGCUCUGAGUUCGAAUUUCUGACCGCGUGA